AUGGCAGCCAGAAGGACGAGGCUGCUGCUAUGGGCCACUACGAUACCACUCCUCGCGGUCAGAGCAACCGAGACAACAGCAGCGUCUUCCACAGAUGGGUUCGAACUUGGAUCCGACCUCACUGCCUUCAUACCAUCCUGCGCCGUGUCAUGCUUCGAGUCCUUCCUCGAGGUCAACUUCAACAGAGACCUCUGCGGCUCGUCACCCUCAUUACAAUGUCUUUGUUCACACACCGGCUCGACGGGAUACACGAUAGGGGAGGGGGCGGUCCAAUGCAUAGUAGCUGAGAACUCUAUUAGAGCCUGUGAGGGCAUGAGUGCCGGAUCUGACACAGUGGCGAACGCAUACGCGAUGUGUAAUAAUCAACCCAAUGCAGCACCGGCGACACACGCCACAAUAAUAGCAACACUGAUCGUGCCCCCUACUGGGCCGGUCGUGGUGCCAAAUCCGUCGACGACGGCAACUGCGAGCUCAAACAAGAGCUCGACGACGAGCUAUAUGACGCCCUCCGUCACCAUGGACCCCACACUGCCAACGAGCUUUCUUCCUAGCUCUAGCUCAACCUUCACCACAAGGACGAGCUCGUCCUCGUCUUCAUCCUCAUCCGCGCCAGCGAGUGCUACAGCUGCACCCGAGACGAGCGCCACCACCGCUGCUGCGGCCCCAACAAAGUUGUCAACGGCACAAAUUGGGGGCAUAGCAGGUGGAAGCGUUGCAGCAGUCAUUCUUGCGGCAGUUGUGGCAUUUUUGUGUUUCAUGCGCAGACGUCGUGGAAAAGCAGUCACUGGCUUCUACCGGGUGAGAGACUCAUGGAGCCCACGGCGAAAGGACAGCCCGGAGAUCUCGGCGCCGCAGUAUCGUGAGCCGAAGUCGAUGUCUUUCACGAGGGCGCUGGCACAACGGGCUAACCGAGCCAGCGCUCGACCUGAUACCAUUGGCCUUGCGAUUUCUCCCGAGGGCACAGGAAUGCAGGGAGCGGUAAGGCAGCCUGGCGGAAGCAUGGUUGCUGCGAAUGUGCCACCUGCUGCGGCUCGCUUGGCCCAAAGGCGGUCACCUUCACCACCUCCUAUCCCGGCUCUGUCACCUCUUCGAACGCAGGGCAACUUUAAUUUCUUUUCCCCGCAGGGCCAGUCUGCAUACCAACAGCAGCAGCAACAGACAAGCGCAGCCAAACCAGCUCUGACUGUCGCCAUCCCGGCAGCAAAGCCCCAGCAGGCCAACCGCUCCAGUGUAAUGUCCAAUAACCGCAUGCCGUUCAGCGGUGGCCGUGAUAGCGUCGUCACCGAGUUUGCGGAAGACGGAGAGACCAGCGCUGGACUCGGCUCGGCGCAGAUAUGGCGCCCUCCAAACACCGACCCGCAGUCCGCGUCAACGUAUUAUGUCGCGGACAAAUGGGGCAACUGGGUCCUUGGAGGGGGUUCAGGCCCCGAUGAGCACGUCGUCGAGAUGCCAACACCCAUCUCCAAAACUGUCGCGGAGAGGGACGCCGAGCAAGACAGGGCCGUGCAGGAGAGCAACGCGGUCAAGGCGGCAGUCAAGGACCUGGCAUCCCCAACGGUGGGCGCACCUGCGGCGAUGCGAACCUCGAAACCAGCCGGUGCGCCAGGCAGGCCGACGAUCAGGCAUGUCGCCCCUGAGAGCGGACGACUGCCGAUUAAUACGAGAAGCUCGAGUGUGUACUCCAACUUCAGCAUGAACUUCAGCCUACCGCAGACCGUGCAGCCGGGGCCGAACAAUCCCCUGCCAAACUCUGCUGGAUCACGCAAGGAGCCGUCACCAACACCGGAGUCCUACUACGCGGGAGGUGGCGCCGGAGGUAAGCAGCAGGGGAGGGAUCUUACUUCGAGACCAAGGAGAAGAUCUAGCAGCGCCGGCGGUGCGACGAGAGACCGGACAAAUACGAUGAUGUCUCAGGACUCAGCGACGACAAUCGCAUCGUCGGUGGGCAGCGAGGUCGGGGUGGACUCCUUCCCGGCACCAUCUCGCCAGUCGGCAGCGCCGGAGCAGCAGGGUAGCCUGUCGCCCGUGGUCGAGUCGCCUGGGCGGUCACCGGUAUCCUACCCCAAGAUCCCGAGACCGCGCAGCAACGCACCGUUGAACAAGCCCGCAGACGCCAGGCCCGUGGCAAAGCCCAUACAACACCCUGGCCUCCGGGUCGUCAACUCAACUCCAAGCGACAGCCCGACCCUCGGCGUCGUCGACUCUCAGAAACCAGUGCAGGUCGGUGGCCCCCAGGCGCAGGCGGCGGCCCCCGCCCAGGCACGCGUCUCGUACUACAACCCGCCCAGGAGGAACCCGAAUCCGAACAGGAACCCGGGCCAGGUCCGCUCCGGGUCGCCCGAGACGCCUUCAGACCACGCUCCGCAGCAGCAGCAGCAGCAGAUGCCGCGGCCCCUGGCGGUCCCGAGCAACAAGCGCGACACUACGAAGUCGCCGCCCCUGCAGUCGUUCCAGCAGCACAUCAACAACCGCUCGCAGCUCCCCUCGCAGUCUCACUCCCGUUACGGGCCCAUGUCCGUGUACGACGCGUACUCGCGGCCUGAGUCGAACCUGCCAGUGCAACAGCAGCAGCAGCAGCAGCAACAGCAACAAGCGCUGCCUCGCCAGCAGCAGCUAUCGAAGCAGCAGCAGCAGCAGCAGUAUUACUACCAGCAACAACAACCACAACAAUACCAAUAUCAAAACGAGCCCGGCGGGCCCUACUCCUUCUCCCCAUCCCCAUCCCCAGCAUCCGCGUCCGAGUCCCCCUCGGUCUCGAACACAACGGUCAAAACGGACAGCCAGUCCAGCCUCCUGGCGGCGAAGCGGCUCGGGGCCGAGCGCGCGGCGGCGCUGCAGAUUGGCGGCGACUCGGCCGAGGCCCGACAGGCGCGGUGGAAGAGGCGGUCGUCGAGCGUCGGCAAGGCCGGCGCGGACCCAACCGCAGCGCCCAAGGGCGUCGUCUACCGCCAGGCCGGCAAGGCCUCCACCACCAGGGAGAGCGACGUUCCGCUGCCCGCCACGCCCGGGUGGAAGCCGCAGCUCACGCCUAAGAGGCGGGGAGAUGAUCUGUUCCUCAGCGUGCAGUGA